AUGGAGCGCCAGAGAGCCGUGCUCUCGCGGGCUUCGGCGGCACAGGGAGCGUGCGGCGCGGGCCGCGGGCGCGCGGCCACCGAGCAGGCGGCGGGCGUACCGGGGCGCGAGCGCGCGGCGUCCAGCGACGCGGCCGGCUGCAGGAACCACUCCGAGCGCGUGCGCAUGCGCGCGCGCUGCCGCUCGUGCACCUACCGACCACCCACCUUACACUGGCGACCCGCCUGA